CUCGCCCCCCCACCUCCCUUUGGGCUGUUCCGGAUGAGACGUCUCCCUCCCUCCGCCCCUCUGAUCCUCUUAUCAGCGAGUAAGCGGCCAAGAUGGAUGUCGUAAACCAGUUGGUGGCCCAAGGGCAGUUCACAGUAGUCAAACAACCUUUGGGAUUUAUAAAAAUUCUACAGUGGAUCUUUGCAAUCUUCGCCUUCUCGACAUGUGGCAGUUACUCUGGCAUGUUCAAGAUGAGCGUGGAGUGUAAAAACCGGUCGGAGAGCGACCUAGGCAUAGAAGUAGAAUUUGAAUAUCCAUUCAGGCUCCAUCAGGUUUACUUUGAUGCCCCCACCUGUAGGGGAGGGAACCCCGAGCGUCUAUUCCUGGUCGGGGACUACUCCUCCUCAGCUGAGUUCUUUGUCACCAUCGGUGUCUUUUCCUUCCUCUACUCCAUGGCAGCGCUCUCUGUAUACUGUUUCAUACUGGAGAAGUACCGUGAAAACAACAAAGGAGCCCAGAUUGACUUCGUUGUGACGGCGGUUUUUGCCUUCAUGUGGCUGGUGUCAUCCUGUGCUUGGGCUAAAGGCCUGUCAGAUGUGAAAACAGCCACUGAUCCAGAGAAGGUCAUCACUCUUAUCUCAGCCUGCGACGAACCAGAGAAUCGCUGCCGUGAGGUCUACGACCCCAAGGUCUCCGGCCUCAACACCUCUGUGGCUUUUGGCUUCAUCAACCUGAUCCUGUGGGUAGGAAACCUGUGGUUCGUGUUCAAGGAGACCGGCUGGAUGGGCGCCUUCGCCGGAACAUACGUCCCAUCACAGGAAAAGCAGCCCGCCCCCGAUUCCUUCGGUCAGGCAGGCUACGGUCAGCAGGACCCCUACGCCGGCUCCCAGGGGGGCUACCAGCCCGACUACGGCCAGCAGGGAGGCUACAACGAGGAUGGAGGUUACAGCCAGGGCUAUGAGCAGCAGCCCACCUCCUACUCUAAUCAAAUGUGAGCUGGUCCAGUCAAACCACAGCUGCAGGAUGGGGUGACCUUGUGAUUUUGGAGUGUGGCUCUCGACCACCACCUGCAUUUCCACACUCCUCUGUUUGUCUGUUUGUUGUAUCUGUUAGUUGACAGGCGGAGGGAGGGAGGCAUGGAGGGCAGAAACUGGUGGGGCCCGUGGGGAGGGGGAACACCACUCUGGAGCAGGAUCUGGGGAUGGGACGGGGGGUAAGGUGGGGAGGGGGAAAUGGGUCUUUGCUGUAACAUGAUGUUUAUUCUCGUGAUGUAUUUAACUGUAGAAGACAACAGAGGAUUGUCUGUUUGGUUAUACGAGAAAAACUUGAAUACAAAUACCAAAACAUUCGUUGAUGAACAUUUAAGAGAAAUCUUGUAACGGAAAAGACUUACAUUUAUGAGAAAAAAAAAUUGUAGUAAUAUUUAACUUGGGAGAAUGUAUUUGUCUGUGCUGUGUAAAUAUCAACAUGCUGAUAUAUAUGAUUAUAUGUACACAGUUGAAUAAUUGUGCACUCCAUAUUAGUUGUUAUACAACAAAUGUUGAGCACAGAGUUAUUCAAUUGCAUUUACUUUGGUUCUGUUUAGGAGCUCACAUAGUUUAGCCUUUGCCCUUCAAUUCCCUUAAAUUAUUCAUACCACAAUGCUGGUUUUAUGUUUUCAUCUCAGAAUCUUGUUUUUUUUUUUUUAAUUUUCUCAUUUGAUGGCAAGGUUUGAAAGGAAAACAGAGGAGAAUUAUUGAUUAAUUGAUAAAUUAUUGAUAUAUAGGAGUGAGCAGAGAAAGAGUCAUUUAUUUUAGGAGCAGUUGAUACCAGUGUGUUAUAAGUAGGUUGUUUCAACUUUAUUUUGUGUUUUUAUAUAUAUUUUUUCCAUCAAACGUCACUGUCGAGAGAGGAUGAACUCUUGUAAUACACAGAACAUUUAAAAUCCUGACAUUCAAAAUCAAAAAACUACAUAGGGUUAAGAAAAUUAGUGAGCAUGGUAGCAUCUUGUAUUUGCUGUGCUCUAUAGUGUGCUAUCAGUAUGAAAAUUGUGAAUCGGAGCAGAGAACAACAGUUUUUAAUAGCAGUGUUCGCUGUGUUCGUUUAUUUGUUCAGAUUUAUGUGAUGGCAUCCAACGAGUUUUGUCAGUGAACCUCGUCCUGUUUCCGAUCGCCUUUUAAUGUGGUCCCGAAAGUUGUAAGACAGAGUCAUAUAGUUUUCUAACCGGUGUUUCUAUCACACUGUAAUCAGUGACAUACCAUACGUACAUUAACAUGAGCUGUAGGUAAAUGAGAUUAAAGUAUAUUAAACCUUAAAGAGCUUGGUUAUGCCAUGGUAAACACAUAUUAUAAAGAGGCGGUCUGAACAGUAUGUCUCCAUAUAUAUACUUCUCCUGCAUCCUCAAUCCGUCUUUAUCUCUUCUCUUUCUGAAGGCAAGCGCAUUUUACUGCAUGCAUCUUACACCUUAUAUCCUAAAGCAUCCCUGAACAUAUUUGAGAGGCUGAGGCUCAAAGCUGCAGGAAAGCAUUAGACUAAACAGUAAUACCGUGGUAUGUUUGUUCCAUCGUAGUGGUUACUGCACAGCACAUACAGCAGCUCUGCUAUAUUCUAUUCAAAGCACAAAGUAAGUGCUGCAAUAAUUACUUCUUUCCAGAUAUAAAUACACCCAUCCUACUGCCAAUCCUCUGUUUGGAUAUACAAGAUCAUGUUUGCCAAAUGGUAAUGAGAUGUGUCUUGAUUGGUAGUUUUGCUUCCACAGUCCUCACCAGAAUCAGUUGUCAUCCAUCUCCAGUAUAUCGAUCCAUUACUCAUUAUUUUUUAAAAAUCAGGGUUCUUUGAUUCAGGCAGUGUAGAAGCACCUGGCUUUCUCUCUUCCUCUAGUCCCCCCCGUUCCCUACACCUCCGUUUUUGUUUUCUCUCUAUCUCUUUCACUGUAGCUCUUAUAAAUAUGCUGAAAUGAAAUAUACUCUGUUGUUAGUGGUGAAUGAUGUCUUGUGGUACUCUCUACGCCUUUGGAUAGUGCUGUGUUUAUUGUGUAUGAUGUAUUCAUAUUAGUAUUUAUGAUAAUGAUAAGUCAGAGAACAAAAAAAAAAUAUCCAAGACUCUCCAGAAUUCUGCUGUAUUCUUAUUAUAUGGGAUCCAUGUGAAACAAAAUGAAAUAAACUUGAAAUUAUUCUGUUGAAGGUUAAAA